UGCCAUGACAAGCGUUUUCUUAAGCUAGCGCCGCUCGUGUAGGACUCGCUCCAUUUGCAAAGGGCUGGCUCUGAAAACGGGGAGAAGGGAGGGAGAAGAGGCAAAAACAAACCCAAGCCUCCCCCCACAUCUGCUGAUCAGCUUCAGUGCAGAGAUCGGUGGGGGGUUGCUGGUUUUCCUUACAGACCUGCAGCGUGAAAGGACAGUGGUCUCUCUCCACCCUCCAAACUUUGGGAAGAGCAAAAUCCAGCGAAGUGGAGGGCGGUGGAAAAGGAGGGGCAGAGGGGGUGGAAAAGCGAAUCCAGGCGCUUGGGAUUUUUUAACCCCUUCCCGUCCAUGGAAAUCCAGGGGGGUUUCCCUGCCAGCGGAAGACGGGAUUACUGGAGGCGGAGGGAAAGCAGCCGCAGUCUAUGAAUUGAUUCCGCCGGGCAAAAGCCAUUGAUCGCAUGGCGCUUCCCCCGCCCGCAGCCUGAAGCGCCGGAGCAGCUGGGCGGGCUGUAACCUCGGGCUGGAGGAACCUCGCCUCCCGAGCCAGGAGCGCGGAGUAAGGAGCAAAUGGUUUCAUAGAAGGACUCGGGAGCCAGCCUGUUACUCCCAGGAGAAACUUGGGGAAGGUUGAAAUUGGGCUCUGAAGGCAGCAGCCUGAUUCGUUUUAAGUGAGGCACGAUCCUUCCUUGCUUCACCGGCCCUUCUGUCCUCGAAGCAGUGAGCUCAGUCCUGGUCUCCCAGUAGCACAACAUGGGAGAAACUCCAUAUGACACCAGGAUCGGGCCCGUUCUUCCACCCUUGGAUCCUGAAUCACCGCUGUGAUAUCUGUCUGCAGACAGGUGCCCACCUUUGGACCUCUCCAGCCUGAGCAGCUGUUGCUUCAGUCCAGCCCCAGGCCAAUCAUCCAGCCAGUGCAGGCCACUGAUCUCUGCCAUCCCAGAUCUAGGAGUUAGGACCUUCUCCCCCCGAACAGGGGACAUAGGUCUGCAAGAGGAGUGAAGCCCCUAGUAGGGGCAUGAGGAGCUACACCAAAGUCUGAGUUGUGGAGCAAGGCAAAUACAACAGCAUACUGUGACUGCAGGCCCCGGAGAGCCCUGUCUAGAGGGAGGGGGGGAAAUGCCCCCCUUGGCAGCUCCCGUUGCCGCUGGUAUCCAGGGAACCCUCCUCCUUCUCCAAGAGAGACACUGGUUGUUGCUAAGGUCGCUUCCACGGUAACAUGCACAUCCUGUUUACACCUUUAUCUGGAGAAGUUGGGCUCAGCUAGUCACGCUGCUUCACCUGGGAAGCUGUAGAAGGAAGCACCUGCUUCCCCUUCCCCACCUCCAGCACAUCCGCAGGGAUUCUCUUCUCUGUCGAGGCUCCACCAUCCAGUCCUCUACGGGGCUGUGGAGCUAAGGUGGCUGCUGAGAGCUGCCAAGGACCGUCUGUGUCCCCUGAGGGACUGUCAAGGGAGGGAGGUGAACAAAUAGGAGCCAGCCUUUUUCCACACGCGUCUGUUGCGACUCCCGCUGUUUUGGCAACAUGACGAACAACGCUGCCGACCACCAUCCUGGGAAUUCGGUCGCCGAGGGCAGCCAUGAAGGGGAUUUUGGCUGCUCCCUGGUCGACCUGCGGACCCUCAUGGAGCUUCGGAGCAGUGAGGCCGUCGCAAGGAUAAACGACACGUACGGGGGUGUGCAGAACAUCUGCAAGAGGCUGAAGACGUCGCCGGUGGAAGGCUUGUCUGGGAACCCAGCGGAUCUGGAGAAGCGGAGGCAGGUCUUUGGCCAGAACUUCAUCCCGCCCAAAAAGGCCAAGACCUUCCUGCAGUUAGUCUGGGAGGCGCUUCAGGACGUCACGCUGAUCAUCUUGGAAAUCGCAGCCAUAAUCUCCCUGGGCCUGUCGUUCUAUCACCCCCCGGGUGGCGACAACGAAUUGUGUGGCCAAGCAGUGGCGGGCGCGGAGGAUGAGGGGGAGGCGCAGGCUGGCUGGAUCGAGGGAGCAGCCAUUCUCUUCUCGGUGAUCAUUGUGGUGCUGGUGACGGCCUUCAACGACUGGAGCAAGGAGAAGCAGUUCCGGGGCCUUCAGAGCCGGAUUGAGCAGGAGCAGAAGUUCACGGUCAUCCGUAAGGGGCAGGUGAUCCAGAUCCCUGUGGCCGAGAUCGUGGUGGGGGACAUUGCGCAGAUCAAAUACGGUGAUCUGCUGCCCUCGGAUGGGAUCCUGAUCCAGGGCAAUGAUCUGAAGAUCGACGAGAGCUCUCUGACUGGGGAGUCGGACCAUGUCAAGAAAUCCCUGGAUAAAGACCCCAUGCUGCUUUCAGGUACCCAUGUGAUGGAGGGCUCCGGACGGAUGUUAGUGACGGCUGUGGGCAUCAACUCGCAAACUGGAAUCAUCUUCACUCUGCUGGGUGCAGGAGAAGGGGAGGAGGAGAAGAAGGUGAAGAAAGGUAAAAAAGCAGGAGCCCCUGAAAAUCGCAACAAAGCUAAAACUCAGGAUGGCGUGGCCCUGGAGAUCCAGCCCCUGAAGAGCCAGGAAGGGGUGGAGAAUGAGGAGAAGGAGAAGAAGAAGGUGAAGGUCCCGAAGAAGGAGAAAUCGGUGCUGCAAGGGAAGCUCACCCGCCUGGCAGUGCAGAUUGGGAAGGCAGGACUGAUCAUGUCAGCCAUCACAGUGGUCAUCCUGGUGCUGUACUUUGUGAUCGACACCUUUGGGGUGCAGCAGAGGCCCUGGCUGGCGGAGUGCACCCCCAUCUACAUCCAGUACUUCGUCAAGUUCUUCAUCAUUGGCGUCACCGUGCUGGUGGUGGCCGUGCCUGAGGGCCUGCCCCUGGCUGUCACCAUCUCUCUGGCCUACUCGGUCAAGAAAAUGAUGAAGGACAACAACCUGGUGAGGCACCUGGAUGCCUGCGAGACCAUGGGCAACGCUACGGCCAUCUGCUCGGACAAGACUGGCACGCUCACCAUGAACCGCAUGACCGUGGUGCAGGCCUACGUGGGCGACACCCAUUAUCGGCAGAUCCCUGACCCCGAAGCCAUCCUGUCCAAGGUCUUGGACCUCAUCGUCCAUAGCGUCGCCAUCAACUCAGCCUACACGUCAAAGAUCCUGCCACCAGAAAAGGAAGGGGGCCUCCCGCGGCAAGUGGGGAACAAGACAGAGUGCUCCCUGCUGGGCUUCGUCCUGGAUUUGAAGCAAGACUACCAGGCAGUUCGGAACGAGGUGCCAGAGGAGAAACUCUACAAGGUCUACACCUUCAACUCAGUGCGCAAAUCCAUGAGCACGGUGUUGAAAAACCCGGACGGCAGCUUCCGCAUGUACAGCAAAGGAGCCUCGGAGAUCAUCCUACGCAAGUGCACAAAGAUUCUGGACAAGAACGGGGACUUGCGGGUGUUCAAGGUGAAGGACCGGGAUGAGAUGGUGAAGAAGGUGAUUGAGCCGAUGGCGUGCCAAGGGCUGCGCACCAUCUGUCUGGCCUUCCGCGACUUCCCUGCCGACGCCGAGCCUGACUGGGACAGCGAGAACGAGAUCGUGUCUGACCUGGCCUGUAUCACCGUGGUCGGCAUAGAGGACCCUGUCCGGCCAGAGGUGCCAGAGGCCAUCCUGAAGUGCCAGCGUGCUGGCAUCACCGUCCGCAUGGUGACAGGCGACAACAUCAACACGGCCCGCGCCAUCGCUACCAAGUGCGGCAUCCUGCUGCCCGGGGAGGACUUCCUGUGCCUGGAGGGCAAGGAGUUCAACCGGCUCAUCCGGAAUGAGAAGGGAGAGGUGGAGCAAGAGCAGCUGGAUAAAGUCUGGCCCAAGCUGCGAGUUCUGGCCCGUUCCUCCCCCACGGAUAAGCAUACGCUUGUGAAAGGAAUUAUUGACAGCACUGUCGGAGAGCGGCGGCAGGUGGUGGCCGUGACUGGGGAUGGGACCAACGAUGGCCCAGCCUUGAAGAAAGCUGAUGUUGGAUUUGCUAUGGGCAUCGCAGGCACCGACGUGGCCAAAGAAGCUUCGGACAUCAUCCUGACGGACGACAACUUCACCAGCAUUGUGAAGGCGGUGAUGUGGGGCCGCAACGUGUACGACAGUAUCUCCAAGUUCCUGCAGUUCCAGCUGACAGUCAACGUGGUGGCCGUCAUCGUCGCUUUCACAGGAGCCUGCAUCACACAGGACUCUCCGCUGAAGGCCGUCCAGAUGCUGUGGGUGAACUUGAUCAUGGACACCUUUGCGUCCUUAGCCCUUGCCACAGAGCCCCCCUCGGAGUCCCUGCUGCUGCGCCGGCCGUACGGCCGCAACAAGCCCCUGAUCUCCCGCACCAUGAUGAAGAACAUCCUGGGGCACGCAGUGUACCAGCUCACCAUCAUCUUCACUCUGCUCUUUGCAGGUGAGAAGUUCUUUGAUAUUGACAGUGGCCGGAACGCGCCACUGCACUCCCCGCCCUCCGAACACUACACCAUUGUCUUCAACACCUUCGUCAUGAUGCAGCUGUUCAACGAGAUCAACGCUCGCAAGAUUCACGGCGAGAGGAACGUCUUUGAUGCCAUCUUCCGGAAUCCCAUCUUCUGCACGGUGGUGCUGGGAACCUUUGCUGCCCAGAUCCUCAUCGUGGAGUUUGGUGGGAAGCCGUUCAGCUGCUCCGGGCUCACCCUGAGCCAGUGGCUCUGGUGCAUCUUUAUCGGUGUUGGAGAGCUGCUUUGGGGCCAGCUGAUCUGCAGUGUUCCGACCAGUCAGCUGAAGUUCCUGAAGGAAGCUGGACAUGGUACCACCAAGGAGGAUAUUCCAGAAGAGGACCUGCCGGAGGACAUGGAUGAGAUUGACCAUGCUGAAAUGGAGCUCCGGCGGGGGCAGAUUCUGUGGUUCAGGGGCCUCAACAGGAUACAGACUCAGAUGGACGUAGUUUACACAUUCCAGACCGGCGCCUCCUCUUUACAGGGAGCCCUCAGGAGACAGCCUUCCAUCGUGAGCCAGCACCACGAUGUAAAACAUGUUUCUAGCCCAACCCAUGUAGCUCUUUCCUCCGUCAAUUCCACUCCCACCACUUCUGCUGCUGCUGCUGCUGCAUCUCCUACUGCGGGCAAUCAAAGUGGUGAAUGCGUUCCGUAGCUCUUUAUACGAUGGCCUCAAGAAACCCGAAUCCAGAAGCUCCAUUCAUAACUUCUCAACUCACCCUGAGUUCAUCCUGGAGGAAGAUGAGCCUCGAACCCCAUUCCUCGACGAUGCAGAAGAAGACUCCAAGACUGACGGACUCGAAAACCAAGGUGGGAGUAGCCCAGGUGAAUCCUUCUCCCUCAACCAAAAUAACAAUGCGGUGGACAGCGAUCUAGCCGAGAACACCGUCCCAGAGUUUGAAAGCCCCUUAGACGGCCUGGAAUCAUCGGUUUGACCUUUGAACUUUGAUACUUCCUUCACCCUGAGUCCUGUGUGAUAUCAGCACCGAUAACUGAUAUUGCAGAGCGGUCACUUCAUGUUAACUGCUCAUAUGUAUACAAUUUUGUUUUCCUUUUAUGAUUUAGUGGCAGGAACCAGAGUCUCAUGGAGUGGGGAGGGCGCUGUUUGCAGUGGGUACUCGCCCAGGUGGGAAACAGCCAAGCUGAUAUUUCUUCUCCUUGAGUUGGGUUCCGUGUGUCCGUAGGGGUUUUUCAUUUUGAAAAAUGCAUGUUAAAAGAAAAGGUUCAGAUUGUCUUAAAUAGUCUUACAUGCAUGCUCACCAUCUGAGGGUGCAUUUGUGGGGUGACUUGGGGGUCUUUUAGCUUGUGGGAUUUGACCCCUGAUAACAUCACACUUGGGGGUGGGGGAGCAGCAGCAUGAAGGUACAGAUUUAAAAACUGAACGGGGAAAAAAAUCUUGAAUUGUGUUAAAGAGUAGGAAAGGGAAAAACCAAACUGGUAUUCCCUGCGGGAGAUUCUGAUGGUUAGAGCAUGUAAACCAGUCUUCCACCUGAGAAAAAAUGGUACCUAACCUUUACUACUUUUCUGUCUUUGUGUAUCUCUCUCUCUCUCUCUCUCUCUCUCUCUCUCUCUCUGUUUCCAACAUGCUAAUUGUGAUUAAAAACAAGGGAGGAGGGUGAUUUAAGAGUCUUAAAUAUGUUGGCUAAGAUGUGAUUUGAAAAAGACCCUGUUUUGUUACAAAGUCCCACGGGAGAUGCUGCCACCAUUGCUGGGAAUGUUCUCCAAGAACUGCAAUGACUGGAAAUAAGAAGUCUUACUUUCUGCGGAACUUUUUAAAUGCAUCGUUUUGCUCUUGAACUGUAUGAUGAUGGUCAGCAAGAGUUGUGCGUAAUUGAAUAGCAAAUCAUUUCUGAACCGCUUUGGUGAGCAGAGGUGUUUUUGCGUGGUUUUUUAUACUGUCAGAUUAAAUAUUCCUUUGGCCCUGGAGUGAGGCUAGCUGCGGCUAAGGUUCAUCCCAAAGAACAUACCACGUGCUGUACGUCCUUUUCAAAGCGGUGGUGGGGUCUGGAUGGGAAUCGAGUGCCAGCUGCUGAUGGAAGGCUGGGGCAGGCUGGGGUUUUGCAGGUCCCUUAGGACAGAGAGAAGAGAGACUGCAGUAGGGGAGGCCAUACUUGCAUUGGCCAUAUCUGCACAAUCCCAUUCAGCGUACAUACCUGCCUCAUGAUGGAAUUUGUCCUGUCUGUGUGUCUCUAGGGUUGGAUGCAAAUGGGGGCAUUGUCCUGUAACAUGGCUGUCUUACUCCUGGGAAGGGAAGGGCACCUCCUUCAUCAGAACUUCAGAGGAGGCUUGAUAGCUAGGCUUUGCCCCACUCUCCCUUGUCACAAAGGUCCCCUCUGCACCUUAGACCCAAAUUUGCCUCUCCUCUUGCCUGGGUCUUGUUGCAUCUUAGUACUACAGACAGAUGCAAGAAAUGAUGAUCCGCGAAGCUAAGGUCAUAGCCAAUGUAACUUACUCUGGAGAAAUCCGUUCCAGGAUGUCCUGUGCUAAUUGUUAAUGUGGCUCUCGGUUUUUUAGGUUUGUCCCCUGAUAUUUAGGUUGUGGCAGGGUGAGAGGCCUGGACUUGAGCUUUUGAUCAUCUGCGAAGCCACUCAGUGAAAUAGUUUUGAGCAAACUCACUUGUGAAGACAAGGAAGGGCUAAAUCAUGAGCGAUGGGAGAUGUCUGCAACUCCUGUUGACUUCACUGGGUGCUUUUGUACCUCUGAGUUUGGCCCUAGAUUGGUGUCAUUGAGAAAUGCUGUAGAAGGUUACCUACUUUACUCCCUUAUCUAACACUUAUUCAAUUAAAAGCUGUACCUGGAAGGAAAAAGAGAACCCACUUGCAACUGCCUGUAUUAAAGGGUUUGUGACAAAAAAGGGACAGGGGCCCUUGCCCAGUCUCCUUCCCAACAAGCAGAUAUAUCUUAGAGUGACGUGUUUUGUUUUGUUUUUUUUAAAGAACGCACAGCAAAAACUCCCGUGCCUUUUCCAAGCACUGCCCAAAGCACCGUCUGCCACUUGGGAGCCCGGUACUUUGCCAAGAAAUAAGUGUUCCUUAAACAACCCAGUACGGACUCAUGCCCUGGCGCUGUCACGCUUCAUUCCACAUCUGUUCAGGGUAGACCAAUGAAAGGUCCUUCUCACAGGGUCUUCUGCUCCAAGGCUAGUAAAGAGGAGGGGAUGCUAGGCUCCACAAACUGCCAAUACCAAGAAGAAAUAACCACCUGUGCAUCUUAAUUGCAAAUCAAAGCCCAUCCCUUUCAUCCAGAAAAACCCACCUGCUUCCUUCAUUCCUUUCAUUCUUCAUGUGAGCUAUAAUUGAGAGGGAUUAAGGGGGAAAUGUAGCUGUUUCUUGGUCUCUUACAUGACCUAUCUGAUGGGAAAGAGAAAAGGAGUUUCGUUUUUCUGUUCUAAAGCUUACAUUGCUUAAAAGAUCAUUUUUCUAUUUUAAAUACUUGCAAAAAAAAUACAACUGAUGAAAAUACGGUGUUCUUAGGCGCUUACGUAAAUAUUUAUUAAAUACUUUUGGGGGACACUGAUUUUGUUUGUUUUUAUUACCUCAGACCUGUUUUGUUUUUUUUUUUUAAAAGGGGGGGGGAGGGACUUUGGAGGUGCUUAAAACGUCACUCCCAGAAGUCUCUGACUGGCAGGUUACCAUGAGGGUCUGGUCUACCUUUAGUCAAUUUAUUUUUUGUUCUAGUUUCAAUCGUCGGAGGGGGGGGAAAUUAUAUAUAAAUAUUAUGCAAAAAAUAUAGUUUUCUUUAGAUCAGAAACAGAUAUUUUUAAGUCAGCCAUAUGUAUUUUGUUUAAAGGAAAACAAAGCUGUAAAUCAUGUGUCUGCAAUGGAAUGUGAUCACAUGACUGGCAGUUUAAAGUGACAGGUAACUUAAGGAUUGGUCAGACUCCAAUCGACUUCCUUUCUCUGAGCAGCCAUCUUUGUACUAAAAGUUAGUUGGAUUACACAGAACCGUUUUUAUAUAAAUUAUGUUGGUAUGGCUGGUUGCUUAAAGUAUAAGCAUUUAUUGUGCAUACUUUUUUAUGUAAUAUUUUUUUCUAUUUAGUUUCAGUGAUAAACUGGCAGCAGCUAACUAUGGCUUAAGUUAUUGAGGAAACUUAAAAUGGGGAGAGAAAAAGAUGGUGCAUUCAAUUUAAAAGGCAUGGUAGCCUAAAUGAAUUUCGUGAAACAUGCCUUGAAAGAUGAAGAGGUUUAUUUUAUUUUAUUUUUUUUUUUACUGCCAACAGAACGAGUCGGGGGGGAGGGAAUUAGGUAGUGCCAUAUCAGACAGGAAAUGAAGUAAUCUCCUGUGAUACGUGUUAACUUGCCUUGGAAUGCUGUGUUGUUAAAACACUUUAAACUAUUUUGCAUCCAAUUCUUAAGGGUAGGGUCUGUUUUGUUUUGUUAAAUCAAGUGGCGGAUUGGUACCAAAGACAUUACAUCACUUCCUGUGUGCAAUGGUGAAUAUCCAUUUCUAGGAGCUUUCAUCAUGUGAUUAGGUUCGAAAGGGGGGUGUUUGUUUGCACAGGGAUCUGACUUUAAUUUUCAAAGGUUUUGUGCAAUAAGUUUUUAAGGAAAAACAUUUACAACAAAACAAGAAAAAAAAAUCUCCAGAAGGAAAAAUACUAAACUGAAUUUUAGCCAUGGGUAGGCUGUAAAAAUAAAUGAGCUGGGGCAGAGGAACAUGUUCAGUCUGUCCCUCAUCUAGAAGCUUUCUCUGCGGGGAGCAUGGACGAUUUGUGGCGGGUUUAACUUUGGAUCAUGCUGGGGAAGAGGCAAUUCAAAGCCCAUGGCCGACUCCCACGGCCUUCAAUGGGUUCUGGAUCAGGCCCUCUGAGGAAGGGAUCUUCGAGAAGAUCGGUUGCUAUAGUGACUUCUUCCAGUGUUCCACCAAGCAGGGACUCCCCCCCCCCCCC